AUGAAUAUCAAUAAUAAAAAUGAUGGAUUGUCAUUUGGGUUUUCUACUGCCAGUGGUGGUUCGAUAAAUGUAUCUGAAAAAGCUUUAUUAAAAGCAAAGAAACUUUUUACUGAUGCGUUUGAAGAAUCUGACAACCAUGAAGAAGCUUCCGCAAUUCAAGAAGAACCUGCUGAAAUUGAAAUGCAAUUACCGAAUGUUGGAUUUCAAACUGCAAGUGGUCAUCGCGUUAAUGUGUCCAGCGAAGCAUUAUUAAAAGCUAAGAAUUUUUUUACCGAUGCACUUAAGGAAAUUGACAAUAAUGAAGAAGUUUCAAAAAUUCAAACAGAGGAAAAGGAAUUUAAAACGUUGUUACCGAAUAUUGCAUUUCAAACUGCAAGUGGUCAACAUAUUAAUGUAAGCAAUGAAGCAUUAUUAAAGACAAAAAUAUUACUUCAGGAAGAAAUUUCAGAUAGCCCUGAAUGUAAUCUUGUAUUAAGUAAAUCACAGCAGAAACGAAAAAUUAAGGAUUUGGAUGAUAAUGUUCCUUCAAAUAAACCAGUAAAAUGUAAUCAGUUUAAAAAGUUAAGAUUUAGUAAUGAAUUCCAAGUUUCAAAAACAGUUCAUAGGAAUUUAAUAAAUAUUGAAGAGAAAGACAAUCAAAGCAACCCUUCAGUGUCCAGAGAAGUUCUAACAUCAAAUUGUAAUAUUGUUAAAUUAAAUGAUAAUACAGAUAAGAUUGAAACUAACAAGAAAAGUAAUGAAGCAUCUGAUAAUUCUUUUAUUUCACAUGAAAUUUUGGCCAGUGCAGUUGCACUUUUAGCUGAUGAAAAGAAUUCAGAUUUUACAGAGGAAUGGAUUUCUCCUGCAGAAAGCAAAGAAAAUGAAGAUACUGCAAAUGUUCCAUCUAGUCCUGUAAUAGGAGGACAAUUUAUUCCUAAAAAGCGAAAAAGUAUAGGUGGUAAAAAGAAAAGUAUAAAUGCUUUGAAAAAUAAGGAAGAUAAAUCAAUGUGUACAAAUUAUUCUAAAGAAGUAUAUGAUAAUUGUGUAAAUUCAGAUCAUUGUAUAAGUGAAAAAAACAAAUGUUUAAUAGAAAAAGAAGAAUUAAUAAAUAAUGAAAGAAAAAGUGAUAUUUGUGUCAUGAAUGAAUUUGGUGACACUCAGUUAAUGAUAGAUUUUAUAAAUCAUUCUGUAACUAUAUUAGAGAAGCGUCUAGAAGCUGCUAUAGAACAAGAUAAACAAAUUAGCUUGAAACAAAAAAAUAAGCCUAAACCAACAAUCAGUAAACUGUAUUUUCAUAAAAAGAGUAAUACUAAUCGUGUAUCUUGGAAAGAAAUUAGUAAAGGAAAUAAACCUAUUCCAUGUACAUACAAAGAGCUUAUUGAACAAAAAUUGCCACUUGAAAUAUUGGAUGUAACAGCUGAUAAUGCAAUAGCAUAUAAAUUUCGAUGCACAGAUUUUUAUGGGCAGGAUACUGUGCAAAAUAAUAUUGAUGGUAUAAAAUUGGAAGAUGGAGCAUGUUUGAUUCUGGAUGAAAAUGGUUAUGCAGGGAUAAUAGAAAUUAAGCGAUCGUUUUUAGCUAGUCCAGGGGUAGUUCCUGAUUUACUUCCCACUAAAUGGGUAGAAAAUCAUUACAAAUGGAUUGUAUGGAAACUAGCAUCAAUGAACAGAAUAAAAUUUGGUUCUAUUGCUUUACCAAGAGUAUUAACUCCGGCUAAAGUAAUGAUGGAAUUAAAAUAUCGUUACGAUCGGGAAAUUGAUAGAUCUCAAAGAUCGGCUUUAAGAAAAAUUUUGGAGAAAGACGAUGUUGCAUCAAAAAGAAUGGUUUUGUGUGUGGCAUCUAUUAUUGAGCAUGAUGAUUCUGCUUCUGUAAAUAAAAGUCCUAAUCAUUUAACACCAGCAUUUAAAAAAUUGAUAUUAACAGAUGGAUGGUACAGCAUUCAAGCUUCUAUUGAUCAAGCAAUGGUUAAAAAUAUAAUGUCUGGUAAAAUAAAAGAAGGAACAAAAUUAUUAACAUACGGAUCAGAAUUGUUAAACUGUGAUCAAGGAUACCCUCCUUUAGAAGUUCCAGAGAAUGUAUCUUUAAAAAUACAUACAAAUUCCACAAGAAGAGCAAGGUGGGAUCUAAAGUUAGGGUACAUAGUACCUUUAGGUCCAAUAUGCAUUAAAUUAAGAACUAUUUUUCCAAAUGGUGGAUUAAUUGGAAAAAUUAAAGUUACAAUUGCAAGGGUAUAUCCAAUGUUAUAUCAUGAAAAAACUUCAGCAGGGGAAUCUAAAGAGAAAUAUUUUUAUACUAGAAAAAGCAAAAAUAAUUCAAAUCCAGACAGUAUUGAUUUAGCAGCAUUCGACUGGAAUGAAGAUUGCGAAAAAUUAUCUAAAGAGGAAUUUCUGUCGGAACAAGAGCUUGAACAAUUAAAAAAUAAUUGUCGCACGAAAGAAGAAAACUUUAGACAAAAGUUAGAGUCUCGAUUACAAAAAAGUUUACCUCCACCACGACAAGUUACGCCACUAUUAAAAAUUCGUGUGAUCGAAGAAGAGAUAAAUGCUACUUUAUCAAUUUGGUCUCCUAGUGAAGAUGUUACGGAUAUUUUAAAGGAAGGAAAUUAUAUAUCAAUUUGCAAUGUUGUGCCCUCGGCAAGAAGAGGUAACGAGCUACAGUUGACUGCAAAUCGAAAUGCUUUAUUUAAUCAAAUUAACGUCUUUAAUACAAAUUAUCUUCGAAGAACAUAUACAGCAUUAUGUGAUAUAAGUAAGUCAACUUUUACUCCAGCUUAUGGAGAAUUUGAUACAGUAGGAAUUGUUGUUUCUAUUGGAAGUGAACCAUAUGGUAUGAAAAAUUUUCAAGCUGUAUAUUUAGCAUAUCCAUACACAUGUUCUCAGUCUUCAUAUUUGUCAAUAUUGUUCUGGCAUGGGAUAUCCUCUUAUGGGUAUACAGAAAUUUUGACCAUAGGAUCUUUCGUUGCUUGUAACAAUUUAGAAUGGCGACGAUCUACAUCAUGGAAUAUACCAAUGGCAUAUUGCACAGAACGAAGUACUUUUACACGAAAUCCUCGACAGAGUCAUCUUCAAAAACCUUUCGACGAUUUAACACGUUUGAUAACGGAUGCUAGUGCAUAUAUAGGUACAUGUUCAACAGAAAUUUCGGAAGAAAUACAGAAGAAAUCGAUGACAAGAAUGUCAGAUCAGUAUAUGCUGGAUAGAAAUAAUUUCGAUAAAAUUUCACUGAAUGAAAAUUCUAAUUCUGACAGACAGUUCAGUAAUUGUACAUCUCAGGAAUGUCCAGGAAGAAGUUUACUCAGUAACCACCCAGCAAAAUCUACUGCUAUACAAAAGCGACUUGAAAAGUUACAGUGUUAUGGUGAACCAUCUAGUCUGUCUCCGAUUGUGCUUAAUAAUAGCUCCAAGCGAGUGUCAUUAGAUUUUCAGUCCCCUCUCAAAUCAACAGAUAAAAAACUUGCGAAAAGUCAUAUAUCGCUAAAUGCAAAAUUAAUGCAAAAUCACAGAUGA